AUGAGAUGUCAGGCCCGACGAUGGAUUGUAGCAGCUUGUGCUUAUCUGUUGCACCUGGUCGAUUGCACCAUUUUUGCUAAUAAGAGUGCAACAUAUGUUCACGUGGUGCACCUAGACGCUUUUCGCGACCUGGGUCAGAGUGGUGGUUAUGCUUGGGGAGUUGCCGCACUGAUCUAUGAGCACUUUCCUAGUGUGCAUCAGUGCGUCACAGAUGAUGCAUACCAGGAGACGUCCCCACGUGCUUCCCGGUGGCUGACGUCGAAGGCUCAUAUGAAGGGAAUCACAGGAGCACUGUACAGGGCAUGUUGUGAUGCUUUGACCGUCACAGAUGUGUCCUGGUUGCCUUACACUGAGCAUCGGGGGGUUAGGGCCUUUGAGCUGAUUUCAUCAUUCCAGGGUCAGCUGAGAUGGGGUCCUAUGGUGGUCACAGCUCGACUGGAGAGGGUGCUACGGCAGUUUGGUUACAUUCAGAGCAUCUCUUCGCCACCUGUUAGUGCUCGAUUGUCACAUGAUGAUAUAGAUGACAGGUGGAUGCAUUUCGCGGACCACGUACUAGUUGUGGGUGAGCUUUGUCUAGUGCCUGGGCAGGUAUCUGCGGAUUACAUGGAGUGGUUUUUCCGGAUAUCUCACCCAUUCAUGAUACCGACCCAGGCAGGUGACCAGCCCAGAGAUGCACCUGCCGUAGACCCUGAGGAGUACAUGCAGCCGCCCAGCCCCCAGGUUCCAGUGGCAUUUGACCCCCCUCCACAUGCAGUGGAUGAUUACGACGGCUAUGAGGCGAUCGCACAGAGAUUGGAGCGUGUGCUCAACCUUAGGAUGGUCACUGUAGGCACAAAGUUAUAUGAUAUUAUGCAGGAUUACCUGACGAUCGCCAGAGGGUGUGCCAGUGCAGAUGGAAGUGUCAGGGCUCGACAGGGACGGCGCACAGAGCAUUGA